AUGUCCAACAAUCAACAAGUCCUCCGCUCCGAGGUCGUUCUGGAGAAAUAUGGCAAGGCCCUUGCUGGAAAGACAGUGCUCAUCACCGGCGUUUCCGACGACUCCAUCGCAGGCGAACUCGCACUUCAGCUUUCUGCCGCCGAUCCAAAGCUACUCAUCCUAACUGCCCGUUCCGGCUCAAAGGUGGCAGGAAUUCAAGAAAAGAUCAGAUCAGCCAAGCCAAAUGUGGAAACCCGCUUUCUCAACAUGGACCUCAGUGACUUGGGCGCCGUGCGAAAUGCUGUCAAAGACCUAGAUGAUGUGUCUCACAUCGACCAUCUUGUCAGCGUGGCCGGGGUUAUGUUCCCACCUUACAGCAAGACAAAAGAUGGAUUUGAGAGCCAGCUUGGAGUCAAUUAUCUGGCGAACUUCUUGCUCGUGAAGUUGCUCCUACCAAAAGUCCGUGCUGCGGGUUCAGAUUCGUCUGUGGUUAUCAUGGCCUCGUCCAUGGUCAGACAAGGGAAGAUGCACUUCGACGACUACAACUUCAGUGAUGGCCAAACCUAUGAACCGAUGGUGGCAUACGGCCAGUCGAAUGCUGCCAGAGUCAUGUUUGUGAAGAGACUGGGUGAGAAGUUGAAGAACGAGAAAAUCCGCGUUUUCAGUGUUGAUCCUGGUGCCGUUCAAACCGGUCUGCAACGACACUGCCCUCCCGGAUUUGUUGACCAGGUCGCCGAAUGGAAGAAGGCCGGAGCCAUGGUUGAUAUGGAUGGAAAUCCAUUCGAAAUUCCUCCGUGGACUACUACCUCAGAAGGAGCCGCUACUGUCAUCACGGGCAUGGUUGACCCUACCAUCGCAAGGUACAAUGGCUCGUACCUCAGCCAGAACGCAGUCUCCGACCACGAAUUGCACACCCACAUCAACGACGAAGACAACUGGACCAAACUGUGGGAGCUGAGCGAGAGCUUGACCCAGGAGAAGUUCUUGCUGUGA